AUGCCCACCACAUGUAUUCCCAUCACCUGUUCCCGGCUCACCCACCUCCUCUCACCCCGCCCCCUCCCAACGGCACGGCCACAGGGCCGCAUAGACGCGGAGGGGCGGCUGGCGUGUUCGUACCACGGGUGGGCGUUUGCAGGCAGCGGCGCGUGCGAGCUCAUCCCGCAGGCCGCCCCGGAGCACCCCGGCCAGCCCCCCCGCGCCGUGUGCUCCCCGCGCGCAUGCGCCACUGCCUUCCCCGUGAGGGAGUUCCACGUGAGUGCCGCACGUGUCACGGGCUACAUACACAAUAGGAAGCUUAUCAUCCGUGGGUCGCAGGUCAUGAAAGGCAGGGGCGCAUCGGCUUGUCCGUCGCUUCUCAACAGUCCACCCAGCCAAUCGCCCCCACUCUCCCCGCUGCGCGCCCGUUACUCCCCCUCCCUUGCCCCCACUUCCCCCCGCCCACCCCAGGGGGUGCUGUUCGUGUGGCCAAAUGAGCAUUCGGCAGAGCAGGCGGAGGCGACGCCACUGCCGCUGCCGCACGGGGUGGAGUGGGACGAGUACGAGGUGCUGCCGCACUACACGCGGCGCCUGGCGUACGGGUAUGAGGUUCUGGUGGAGAAUGUGGUGGACCUCUCCCACUUCCCCUUCGCCCACCACGGCGUCGGCAUGACCACCCGCGACAAGGGCGGCCCUAUCAACAACAUCGGCAUGACACAAUCGGGCGUGAAGGGCUUUGAGGGGCCCAUCCACGUGUUUGGCUUCCCCACGUACCUCCGCUUCCAGGCGCCCCAACUCGUCUUCUACCACAGCACCCCCGCCGCCCCCCAAGUUCUCCUUCCUGCAGAGGAAGGCUGGGGCAGCAGCAGCAAACACGAGCUUGGUGACUUUUGA